UACACCACACAUGCCACACCUCUCUCUCUCUCUCUCUCUCUCUCUCUCUCUCCCAUAUAUAUUUGCAUACUAGAGGUGAACUGGUGGUCUGAUCGAGCUACCAUGUUUUCUAUUUUAGCAUUGGGUGGCGGUAUUCAGCUUGUAUUGGUGGUGCUUGUUAUGUGGGCGGUGGUGAUAGGGAGUGAUGGAGGCGUUGACGCGGCGGCGACGGUGAAAGUGGGCAACACUUCAAAAGUGGAAGACGCCGCCUACUUCCACAUCUACUACGGCCAAACUUUCAAAGUCAUCAAGAACAACGCCGACGGCAUGAGCUAUCUCCUCAUCCAGAAUAAUUCAAGGAUGGCUGGGAAGAGAAAAUAUUGCACAUCGAGGAUCAAAUCAUUUGAUAUUCCAUUGUCUAACUAUUCUAUCGACACUGAAUAUUUUCCAGUUUCUUUCCUGGAGCUUUUGGGGUUGCAAGGGAGCAUAAAAGGCAUCACGUCAGAAGCAGUGACUUCCCCUUGCCUACUGAAAUCAAUUCAAGAGGGAGAAGUGCAGAUUAUCAACCAAAGCGAGCCGCAGCAGCUUACACAGUUUGCUGCCCACUUCACCAGCCAUUCUGACCAACCACAACCUUGCAAUUUUGCAACUUGUCAACCUUUCGCUGAGGAUACUCCUCUUCAGAGAGCAGAAUGGAUCAAGUAUAUGGGAACUUUUGCAAACCUUGAAGCUAGAGCAAAUCAAGUUUAUGAUGCAGUGAAGAAGAACUAUUUGUGCUUGGCAAAUGCUACAAGCAACAUGACAACGCCAUACAAGCGAGUAGUAGCAUGGAUCGAGUUUAGUGAUGAUGUUUGGACUUUCACAAAGGAUACAUACAAGUUGAAGUAUGUAGAAGAUGCAGGUGGAGAGAACGUGGAUAGCUCAAUUAACAAAAUUAAAUACAACAUCUCUAAUCCUGGGGACUUGGACGAAUUUCACGCAAUCCUAUGUACUUUGGAUGUGGUAAUUGAUGAGACUCAUACUUCUGAUCCGGCCAGCUACAACCUCUCUAGCUUCCUCCAAAAUAUUAAUGUUGAAGAUUACUCUUUCUUUUCUUUUAUCACAAACCAAACCUUAUGGAGAUAUGACAAGAGAGUCCAUAACUCAAGCACUCUUGACUGGUAUGAUGGGGCAAUCUCACAACCUCAACUAGUAUUAGCAGAUCUUGUUGAAGCCUUGUUUCCUGCAAGAAAUUACACAACCACAUAUUUGAGGAACCUAGUGAAGGGAGAAGAAGUUGUAUACGUUACUCCAGAGAUGUGUGACAGAGAUAGCUCCAUGCCAAUGGAACCAACAAUUGUGGAUUGUACUUGAUUUUUAAGUGAAGCCAAACUCUUUAUUUCAAAAUUUUAAAUAUCUGUGUUCUUGUUUAGGAUUUUAGGAAUCAAGUAUAUAAUUGUAUUUCUCAAUUAAAAUUAAUUUUUCAUGUGUAACAUUUAUUUGUCACAUUUAAUGAAUUAUUAUCAUAACUUCACAUAAA